UCUACUCUCUCUCACUCUCUCUACAGAAAGCAAAGAGGAAGUGAGCAUUCUUCUUCUCUUUCAUUUUCCAGUGCGCAUUUUAGGGUAUUCAUUCCAUUCAAUCUCAUCUGGCAACAAUGCUGGGCUCCAAAUCUAAAUCUGGUUUGUCUGAAGCUUCAAGUAACAAAACUACACCUGCAACUCCUAGGGUUAGUAAAAUAGGCAGGGCAGGAUCGGCAAAGACAGACUCUGAUUUGCCUUCUCCAAUGCAAAUUCCGCGCCUUUCGAUUGAUCGAUCACCGAGAUCCAUUGAGUCUAAGCCUGCUGUUGAACGCCGAGCGACAAAGAUGAGCAGCACUCCACCGGAUAAGCAAUCGCGGCCGUUGAAGGCGUCGGAGUUGCAAGCGCAGCUCAAUGCGGUUCAGGAUGAUCUUAAGAAGGCGAAGGAGCGGUUUGCAUUGGUUGAAAAAGAGAAAACUCAGGCUCUUGAGGAAUUGAAGGAUGCGAAGAGAUUGGCCGAGGAAGCGAAUGAGAAGCUCCAAGAAGCUCUUGUUGCUAAGAAGAAAGCAGAGGAGGGGUUGGAGAUUGAGAAGUUCCGGGCUGAUGAACUUGAGCAAGCUGGCAUUGAAGCGGCUCAGAAGAGGGAUGAGGAGUGGCAGAAGGAGCUUGAAAAUGUCCAAAGCCAGCACACCAUGGAUGUCUCGGCAUUGCUUUCUACUACUCAGGAACUCCAGAGGGUGAAGCAUGAACUUGUGAUGACUACCGAUGCGAAGAACACUGCACUGAGCCAUGCCGAUGAUGCUAUGAAGAUUGCCGAGAUCAAUGCUGAAAAGGUGGAGAUCUUAUCUGGGGAGGUGAAUCGGCUUAAAGCAUUGCUUGAUUCUAAGCUGGAGAGUAAGAGCAGUGAGGCCGCGGAACAGGUCAAGCAGUUGGAUUUGGAGAUUUUAGCUUUGAAGCAAGAGCUUGAGAAAGCAAAGGCGGCUGAAGAGAAGUUGGUGCAGAUGGAAGCGUUGAUCGAAAGGCUUAGAAUUGAGGUAAUUGAUGUGAAGAAAGCCGAAUCGGAGGUGAGUAAUCUAGUGGAUGAGUGGAAGAAGAAGGCAGAGUUGUUGGAAUCUCGUGUGGAUGAGGCUACUCAAUCUGAAAAGUCCUCACUUGAUUCUCUUGCUUCGGCCCAGAAACAGCUUGAGGACACCAAUGCUUCAUUGCAGGAUGCAGAAUCUGAAAUUGGUGCUCUUAAAGGGAAAGUUGAGUCUUUGGAAAUUGAGGUGGCAAUGUACAAACAGGAUCUUGAAGAAUCAAAUCGGUUUGUUGAUUUAGCAAAGCAAGAAGCAGUGGAAUUAGGGAAAACAGUUGAAGUUUUGAAGUCUGACCUUAAAACAGUUGAAGAAGAGAAGUUGCGAGCACUGAACAAUGAAAAGGUAGCGGCUUCAAAUAUGGAAAGCUUGUCGGAUGAAAAGGAAAAACUGGCUAAUGAGCUCGAGAUGGCUUGCCAGGAAGGAGAGAAAGUGAAGAGGGCGAUGGAAGGCCUGACUUCAGCAUUGCAUGAAGCAUCUGCGGAAGCAAGGGACACCCAAGAACGGCUUCUGAUGAAGCAAGCUGAGGUUGAGAGCUGUCGCACUCAGAUAGAGGAGCUGCAAUUGGCUUUGAAGAACACCCAGGAAAGCUGUGAAGUCAAGCUUGAUGAAGCAAAAUAUGACGUCGUUUGCCUAAGAAACUCGGUAGAGAAGUAUGAAACAGAAGCCCGGAGCUCGAAGGCCGAGUGGGAUGAGAAAGAAUCUAGUUUUGUGAAUGCUGUGAGGAAAUCGGAAGAAGAAAUUGUAGCCAUUAAACUUGAAAUGAGCAAAGCUGCAUCAUCCCUAGAAGCAGCGAAACUUGAAGUACAGACUGUGAAAGGCGAGGGAGUUGAGCUUCUGAGUAAGUUAAGAAAAGCUGAAUCCGAUUUAAGCAUUGCCAAUAAGACUGUUGAGGAAACCAAAGCUGAGAGUUUGCAAUUGAAAGAAAAGUUAUUGGAUAGAGAGAAUGAAGUGCAAAGUAUCACUCAAGAGAAUGAUGAGCUCCGAUGUAGAGAAGCAGCUGCUCAAGAGAAAGUGAAAGAGUUGUCUGCAUUGCUUGCAGAUGCAAUAGCCAAGAAGGACGAAGAAAAUUGCGAGUUUGAGCUCUCAAAGAGUGAGAAGGAAUAUGAGCUACUGCCCGAUGCUGCUGAAAUCCCAAAGGAAGACACAGAAAAACCAAUGGCAAAAGAAGACUUGAAAGUUGAUGAGUUCUUCAGAGAAGAAUCAAUACCGAAAGAAGAGAAGGGCAAUGCAUACGCUGAAGAAGCGGCAGCCAAUGCCGGACCUAAGAUGUGGGAAAGCUGCAAAAUUACCGACAAAGAUUUGUCGCCGGAGAGGGAACAUGAGGCCGAAUCAAUCGACGAUGACAAUGAUUCAAAGACAGAUACCAGAAGCUUUGAGCAAACUAAUGGAUUACCAUCAGAAGAUGUGGAAAAUGGAUCGACAUCACCGACCAAGCAACAACAAAAGAAGAAGAAACCUUUGCUGCAGAAGUUCGGCAGCCUUCUGAAGAAGAAGAACAACCACAAGUAAACAAGAUUAGAAAAAAAAAAAAAAAUGAAAAAAAGCUCACUAAAGGUAUUCUAUCGAUUUUUGUUGAUCAUUGAAGUUAUCAUCGGUUGUUUAUCGUCUAAUGCUUGCGAUGAUUGUAUCAACACACUGCAUGGUCUGUAGAGUUGUAUGGUAGUAAAAGCUCAUGGAAGGUGUAUCCUGCAUACAUUUAUUUCACUAUCUCGUAUCUGUAUGAUCAAUGGGCAUUGGCUUCUUUUUCAUCAGACUAAAUGAAUGAUUGAAUCCAUAUACAUAUGAUGUUUUCUCGAUUGUA